AUGCGAGUCAGAGAAGCCAAAGCAAGGUGUGACACUCAAAUGGGAGAUCUGAAACCGAGUUUUGUUUACUUCUUAGACAAGGUUAUACCUCCAGGAGGAAAUACAACAUUUGAUGUAGUAUUUCUUGCUAGACAAGAAGGUUCAGUAGAAAAUACUUUAUUUAUUCAUACAUCUUUAGGUUCUUUUAAAUAUCAAGUUAUAGCUAAUGGAUCACCAAAUCCAUAUCGGCUACAUCCAUUUUUAGGAGUAAGAAUGCCAUUAAACAGCAGUUAUACUCCAAUAAUUAGUAUGCAUAAUCCACACAGUUUAACAUUACAGCUAACAGAAAUGUAUUCCAGUGGAGGAGACUUACAUUUGGAACUUCCAGCAGGAGAUUCAGAAUCACCAAAACAUCUAUGGGAAAUACCACCUUAUGAAACAAAAUCUGUUAUGAGAGCAAAUUUUGUAGCAAGGAUAGAAAGAAAUCAUACAGCUUAUAUUCGAAUAAAAACUAAUAGUACUAAUCGUGAUUAUCUAGUUUUACCUGUUGAAGUAGAAGUGACAUCAGUUCCUGGUAUAUAUUCUCCAUCAGAAAUUUUAGAAUUUGGUGUUUUAAGAAGUCAUGAUGAACCAAAAACUCUUACUUUAUCUUUAUUAAAUUCUGGGCAGAAACAUAUUCAUAUAGUUAAUGUUAUUGUUACACCUGUAAAUGAAGCUGUAGAAGUUAAAUUUAAUCCUGUUAAGAUACCACCAGAUACUAUUUGGAGUACUCAAGUAGCAACAAUAACAUUUUUUCCAUCAAGAGCCUUACAUCCUAAACAGUGUUCAGGAAAAAUAGUUAUUAAAUCUAAAAAUAAUCAGUUUAAAUUAACAAUUCCUUAUCAAGUAACUCUCUUAAGAGGGUAAGUAAUCUUAAAAUAAUAAAGUUUAGUAGAAGUUUGUUAAUUUGGCACACACUGACCAGAAUGGUGCCGGAUUGUUGAAAAUUCUGGAUUACUUGGCAUUUUUUAUAUUUUUGCAAAGAUAGGUUAUAUGCAAUCUGAACAUUGCAUACAUUGCUGUAUAUUUUUUACCAGUGCAGGCUACUGUAGACUUCCAAUUUGUUUGUUUGUGCUCUUUAAUCAGUUUGAAAUGAUAUUGGUCAUCACUAUUCUGUGUGUAACAUUGAUUUAAAAAAAAACCUGCAAAAACAUUAAUGAACACAUUAUUGUCCUGGGUCUUCAUCAUAACAUGUGUCAUACAUAUUCUGAUUUAUGGAAUAUUAGUGUGACAGAUUACUGUGUUGUUGGAAAAUCUUAUAUUAUCAGUUACUUUUUAGAGUGCUAUAUUACUGGACCUUCCAGAUUAUUGAGUGCCAGAUAAACAAAUUUCUAUUUUAUAA